ACCAACUAUGAUUUGUCACAGAAUACAAAAGUACGCAAUAUAAUCAUAGCCAUACAAAGAGAGAUAGUUAUAUACUGACUACUGAUAGACUUGCUUCUCAACCGCUACGUACAGUCACAGCACCGUUGGCCGGCCGCCCAAGCUUGUCCCCGUGCCUAUUUCCGAUUCGCACGCUAAGCUUCACUAGGGCACAUGUCGCUGUGCCCCAGAUCAACGCUAGCCAGGUUGGGCUCGCUGGAGAUCGCGGGCAUGUCGGGGCCAUUGCCGCGCAGCUAGAGGCAGAGGGCAUUCUCAAGAUCAAUCUCGGCUUCCAAGACCCCACCAGCAGUUAUCUCGAGCGUCUCCUGGCCAGUCUGCACAAAUUUCACAACCACCGGCUUCCCAUCUCGCACAGCGCAACCCGCGGCUGGUUCUGGGACGUGCGGCCAGCAGAGGCGGACUUCCAAGGCAGCCAGCAAGCUCGGUCCGAGACGAUGGAAGAUUUUCCGUGGCACACAGACUGCAGCUACGAAGACCCGCCGCCGCGAUACUUUGCGCUGCACGUUCUUGCGGCGGACCGCUUUGGUGGUGGCACGUUGUCCGUGGUGCCUGUGCAUCGUCUCGUUGAAUGUCUCGAUGAUGCCACAGUUGCGCAGUUGAUGCUGCCCGACUACCGCAUACGCAUCCCGGCGGAGUUUCUCAAGAAUGCUGAGUGCCGGCACAUUGACAAGCCGCUGCUACUGCGGUCCGCAAUAAAAGUCGGUGUAGUGAUGAUGAGAUUCCGAGCAGAUAUUAUAACGCCCCUCAACGCCACAGCGGCCCGGGCCUUGGAGGAUCUGCAGGAGCAGCUGAAAUACAAGGCCGCAGAUGCCGCUAUCCACUUGACAGCGGGCAGGCUGCCCUCGCACAGCAUUAUUUUGAUUGAUAACCGCAGGUGGCUACAUGCGCGUAAUACAGUGACGGAUCCGCAGCGCCAUCUGCGCCGUGUGCGCUGGGAUGCCGCUCCAGUUUGGUGAAAAAAAAGAGAAGCAAAAAGUAUGGUAACAGGGCUAUUUAUACAGAGAUUUUGUGUUUUUUUUUUGUAAUUGGCAGUCUAUUUCUGUGGAUGUAGAAGAUAGCCCUGAAGCAAUACUUUGAUUCCAUACAGCAUCUUUUUCACACCAUUCUGCAUGUACCACCUCAAGAUAGCCGUC